AUGCCUCCAGUCCAGAGGAGAAAGCUAGAUCCGCUCCCCAAAAAGCAUAGGUAUCUUAGCAAGGUCCGAAGAUCAAAGAGAACCAGGAAGAAUAAGAGGAAGGAGAAAAAGGAGGCCCGCCGCACUCCCAUUCUCCCAACACCUUUGGUACCACCACAAAGUGAAGAUGAGGCUGUAGAUAAAAAGCUGGCACUACUCAGUUCCCAGGAGGCUAAUCCUGGCCUUCCCAAUGAGGAAUUACAGAGCCAGCCAGAUGAGGGUACCUGUAUGAUGCAUCAGGAAUGUCAGCCCCAGCCCUGUGAGCUCUCAGUGUCCCAGGAACCUGGGCCCUCUUCUCCUACAGUGACGUCUUUGGCAUCACCACCAUUCUGCUUUGGUCGUUUCCUAAGCUGUGUCUGUCAGACCUUCUCUAGGUCUAGGAAGCGACGGCUUCCCAGAAGAAAGGGUAGCAAGCAGACUGAGGCGGAAUGUGAUGCUAAGGCCCCAAGAUCUGGUCUGCUGAAGGGUCUGGCCAAAAACAAAGUGCAGCCUGACCAAUGCAUGUAG